AUUUGCUAUUUAAUUUCAUCAUCUAUAAUGUAUCCUUAUUUUCUUUAUAUCACCAAGCAGGUAGAUCAAAUAACGUGAAAUUGUUUUAAUUUAACUAGUAGUUUGAGUUAAGUCCUAGAUAUGUAAAUGUAACACUGCAAUAAAUACUUAAGAAGUAAAAUUUUGCUAUUCAUAAUAAUCCUACUCGAUUCAAGUAUGAUUUUUUCCAAUAAAAAAUACAUGUGAAAAUUGGAUGCCUUGUUAGUGUCUUUCAUACAUUGCACUAAUUUACUUUCUUUGGUAAAGAAAUAAAAUAUUUUUCAAUACUUCUUCAGGCCAUCUAACCUUCCUUAAUACUGUGCAGAAAAUUCUUUCACCUUUCUCCCGUAAAUUUAGCAACUUAUUUGGUAAUCUUUUGACAUAAAUGUGGAGUGAAAGUUAUAUUUUGUGACUUUCCAGUGGCUGCAUAUGCUUUUGAGCACAUAGGACGACUUUGCUACGAUAGCAGUAUGGAGAUGACUCCAUCCAACCUGGCCAUGCUAUGUUCUGCUGCUCAUUUCCUGGAAAUGGAAUGUGAUGAUGAUGAUGGUCCUGCAGGAACACCCAACUUGAAACCUCAAAUUGAAAAAUUUCUUGAUGGGAUUCGUUUCUGGACUUGGUCUGAGCUCCUUGAAGCAUUGAAACUGUGUCAAGGCUUGUUUUCUUUCAAAGGUUAUUUGGAAAUUCUGGACAGAAUUGUGGAUAACUUGAUAGAGAGGCUAGCUUCACCCGGCAUCACAAGUCCAAAUACAUGUUCCUCCAACAGGUCAAGCUUUCAGUUUUCCUGUGCUACUAGCAGUAAUAAUAGUUGGAGAAAUAACUGCUCUGGGGCUACAUGGUGGUUUGAACAUCUUUUGUUCUUGAAGAUUGAUUUGUUGGAUAAGGUCAUAAGGACAAUGAUAUCUUAUGAUUUUGAUCAUGGUGUGGUCUCUAGGUUUCUGUUCCACUAUCACAACUCAAGUUGUCUUGGUGCUGCACAAGCUGAGAAGAUGGAGUCUACUAAGGUUGUAAUCGAUCUUGUUUUGCUGCUAGAAUCGAGAUCAAUUUCUUGCAAGGAUUUAUUCAAUCUUAAUCGGUCUGCUGUUAGUUUGAAAAUGAGCAGAAGUUGCAUAAACAAGAUAGAAAGUCUUAUAGGUCCUCUGCUGGAUCAAACAACAAUUGAUUAUCUACUUCUUCCAUCUCCACACGGGAAGGGUCAAGCAUAUGAUGUUGAUUUUGUCCUAAGGCUAGUACACAUAUUUUUCUUUGGAGGUAGUUUUGAGUUAACCUCAAAUCGACUGAUGAGAGUGGCGAAAAUGAUGGAUUUGUUCCUUGUGGAAGUUGCUCCAGAUCCCCAUCUCAAACCUUUUGAGUUUGAAGCAUUGAUUACAGUGCUCCCAGAUGCAGCAAGGGAAUCUCAUGAUCAAUUGUACCUAGCCAUGGACAUGUAUCUAAAGGUCCAUGCAGGACUAAGUGAAAAAGAGAAGAUAAGUAUCUGUAGUACACUGAACCACGAGAAGCUGUCAGCUGAACUUUUGAGGCAUCUUACUCGAAGCUUGGUGUUUCCUUCAGACGCAAAACCAAGAGCUUAUGUUACUAGACAAAGCCGAAUGAAGACCUUGCUCCAGGAAAAUGAUCAUUUGAAAAACUUUUUUGAGUCCAUGUUUCGUAAAAGCUUCAAGAACAUGGAAGCGAAUGAGGAUGUUGAAAAGAGAAGCUAUGAUGCUGAAGAACUUAGAGGAGAUUGGGAAGGAAUGCAGAAUGGGACCCAAAUGGCCAGUAUGAAGAAGUCAGGGACCCAUAUUAUGAGCAAUGCUAUGUACUUGCCAAAACUCUGUUCAUGAUUUUUAGUUGCAGAUUUUAGACUGAAUUUUGUGUGUAUACCUGUGUAGUCUUCAAGUAUUAAAGGAGUAAAGUUAUGCAAAUACUGUACAGAUAUCAUAUUCUAUGUAACAUAUUUCACACAUGAUUUUAUAUAAGAGAGAAUUGCCACUU